UAUUGUCAAAGAGGCUAUUGUAAAAAAAAAACAUGUGGAUUUGAAUUAUACCAAAAUAAUAUUUGUUGUAUUUUAAUAGUUAUUACUUUCAAGAUAAUAUCUGUUAAUGAUCUGUGAUUUAGAUGUUAAGAAGCGUUUAUUUAAUCUCAUUUAAUUGAAAUCCUAGGAAUAAUGAAAAUAUCUGAGCAACCAGGUGACGAAGAGUCAGGGCUGACAUGCCGUACUUAUAUUUUUCAAAAUGAAAGUCACACGUUAGGAAAUGCAUUAAAAUGUAUCAUAAGCCGAUAUGAAGAUGUCCAAUUUUGUGGAUACACAGUGCCACACCCAGCUGAAGCUAAAAUGCACUUUAGAAUACAGACUCACGAAACACCUGCACUUGAUGUAUUAAAACGAGGAAUUAAAGACUUACAGAAAGUGUGUGAACACACUAUAGAUUUAUUUGAAAAGGAAGUAAAAGACUUUAAAAAUUAAUGUGAAUUUUUAUUUUAGAACAU